AAACUUAGUCAUCCAAAAUACUUGAAACUUUUUUUUUUCCAUCGCGACGGAGAUCAAAAGGAAGACUGUCCAAUCUACUGAUAUCCCACCAUCUUGUCGUUUCGCUUGCCCGGACUUGCGUCUGCAGACAGUCUGGCUAUCUCAACUCCCCUUCCAGCAUUGGUGCAUUAUUGCUUUGAUUUAAAAUGAGCGCUGGUGCUCCUAGUAUACCCCGGACAGCCCUUAUACCGGCUCGCCUACUCCGAACCUCACGACACUGCUCUAAUCAAUGUGCCACGAUACGGCCGCAAAUUCAGUCGAAAACGUUUCAGAAUGACUGCAGGAUAUACCAUGAUAAGUGGCCAUUUUCAAAGCCAUUAAAUGACCGCAGCGCCCGUCCAUUCUCAAAGUCUUUCCAUGCGUCUGCGCCGUCUCAAGCUACACGCGACCCUUAUAGUGUUCUCGGAGUAGGCAAGGAUGCGUCUGCUGCAGACAUUAAAAGGGCGUACUACGGACUCGCCAAAAAAUACCACCCUGACACAAAUAAGGAUCCCAAUGCAAAAGAAAAAUUUGCGGAGGCACAAUCAGCAUAUGAGCUGCUUUCUGAUUCAGAGAAAAGACAAGCCUAUGACCGGUUUGGCUCGGGAGCAUUCGAUCAGAACGGCGGCUUCAGUCCUGGAGCCGGCCCUGGUGGCCCAUUCUCCGGAGCAACCACUGGUGGUUUCCACGGGUUUGGCGGCGGAUUCCCUGGCGGGGGUUUCUCUGCGGAUAUAAAUUUCGAGGAUCUAUUUGGUGCUUUUACCGGUGGUGCGGGUCGGCGGGGACGGUCGAGAGGAGGACCGUUCCGAUCUGCGGUGGUAGAAGGGGACGAUAUCGAGGUACAGACGAACAUCUCUUUCAUGGAUGCUGCCAAGGGAACAACGAAGGAAAUCUUCAUCACUCCGCUUGUUCAAUGCAAAACAUGCAAUGGCGAAGGGACGAAACCGGGCAAGAAGCGGGCACAGUGCAAAACUUGCGGUGGGACAGGUUCGCAGGUUCAUUUUAUUCAGGGAGGGUUCCAGAUGGCUAGUACCUGCACGUCGUGUGGCGGUGCUGGUAUGUCUAUUCCCAGGGGAUCCGAAUGUAAUAGCUGUGGCGGCGAUGGGGUAGUACGGGAAAGGAAGACGGUACAUGUCAAUAUCCCAGGCGGAGUAGAAGACGGAAUGCGGCUGCGGGUGCCAGGGGAAGGAGACAUGCCAGCAGUAGAACCCGGUGCCCGCACACAGCGGGGCGAUCUUUAUGUCUUCAUCAAAGUAGCCCCCGAUUCCCGCUUCAGCAGAUCCGGUUCGGAUGUGCUAUACACAGCACAGAUCCCUCUCACAACCGCACUUCUAGGUGGUGAGGUCACAGUACCAACGCUGGAUGGAGAGGUCAAGGUCAAAGUGGCCACAGGAACUGGUACUGGCGAUAAGAUUACUUUGUCAGGGAUGGGAAUGCGGAAACUUGAGGGUCGCCGUGGCCAGCAGGGUGACCUCAAGGUCGAAUUUAAAGUUGCCAUGCCGAAGUACUUGAAUGCGAACCAGCGAACGAUCCUGGAAGUGCUUGCUGACGAGAUGGGUGACAAAACUGCUCGACGGAUGAUGAAUAUCAAUAAAAACGACAAGCCUCCUUCCCCCGACUCGUCAACAUCUAACAAAGAUAGCAGCACAUCCAGCGAUACUUCACACAAAAACGAAGGAUUCCUCAAAUCAGCGUGGCACAGACUCAUGAACCAGCACGGCAGCGGUGGCAGCAGCAGCGGCGAUACCUCUGCAAAACCCAACGAUUCUGGUGACGGGAACAAAACGGACGAAUCGAAGAAGGCCUCCGGCUCGGGAUGAUAUGUACACCUGGUAUCUUCAAAGAGGUUGAGGGUGUUAUAGUUUUAAUCCUGUCCUUAUUUUGCUUCUUUUUGUCAUAGUGUUGACAAGCAAUGUUCUCCAUCGUGUCUUUUUAUCUUCUUGUAUAUGCCCCUUUUCCUUGAUGGUAGGGUUUAAUGUUUCCGUUUAUUGUUUAUUUUCUUUUGUAUUGGAAGCUGUAUGAUUAAAUAAAUGCAUAGCGGGGUGGGCCAUUUAGACUUGGGGAGAGAUGGAUUGGAUAUCCCUUAUUUCCCAUAACCUCUGUACACUACUACUUCGCUACUACAAUCACUCUAUAGCUAACAUCUCCGCUACGGUCAAGCUCGAUAUGAGACAAAAAUAAUCAGGAGCAAUUAUAAAUCUAUAUAGGACAGCCGCAUAUAAUUGUCGCAUUAUCAACGCCAUAGCAGCUAUAUCACCAAAAGCAUGGGCAAAUAAAAAGGAGGACAAACAUACGAAAGAUAUUCAACGAACAAUGGCAUUAUUCCUAAGUGCCUCCAAGCCCC